AUGGAGCCAACUUCAAAGAGUAUAACAACCGUUCCGAAGCCAGAGUUGAAACCGGAGUGGGAGUCUGAAAUCAUCCAAGGUUUUAUAGAGCACAAGAAACAAAAGAACGAGGCGGAUUCGUUUUCACAGAAUCCAAGGCCUGUUUUCACUGGGCCUGUCAGUCAGUCGGUCGGCUUUCGCACAACCCUGGCCUGUUUUCACUGGGCCGUCGAGUCUGAUCGGCUUUCGCACGACCAAGGGCCUGUUUUCACUGGGCCUGUCUGUCGGUCGGUCGGCUUUCGCACGACCAAGGGCCUGUUUUCACUGGGCCUGUCUGUCAGUCGGUCGGCUUUUGCACAACCCUGGCCUGUUUUCACUGGGCCGUCGAGUCUGGUCGGCUUUCGCACAACCAACACAAAACAACAAGAGUCAGAACAACACUGGAAAAAAAUUGUGUGA